CUUAAACUCAAAUCCCCAAAGGAGUAAGAGAAAUUCGCGUACAGAAAACAAAUUCGGUUAUGUUUUAAAAUAUCUGCAACAGUACCUGAGUAACCUCUUGGACGAGACAAGAUGCACUCGUCGAUUUUGUUCAUUUUUUUGUGCUUUCUUGUAAAUAUUACAAGCGGGUUUCGGGUUUUAAUAGUUUCGCCGAUACCGUCUAGAAGCCAUUAUAAUUUAUGUCGAGCAUUAGUUGAUGGACUAACUAAAGCUGGACACGAUGUGACUUUUGUUACACCCUUUGAGGACAAACCUCCACCGGGAAAUGGGUCUUUCAAGGUUGUCAAUUUGGCGAACUGUAUGGCCCCAGCCCCAAAUGCAGUAUCACAUAACUAUUUCCAGAUGGAACAAAUGAAUCCUUUUUUCAUUGCGCCAUUGACCAACGAUCUCGGAGAAAAAUGCGUGAAAGCCACUUUCGAAAGUGAAGAUGUAAAGAAAUUUCUUCAAUCGAAUCAACAUUUUGACGCAGUAAUUGUGGAGUCCCUUUUCACUGAUGGUCUAGCAGCAUUUGCUUGUCAUUUUAAUGCUGAGCUUAUAACGCUGAGCCCACUAGGAGCUGUUCAAUGGAUUAACGAUGUUAUCGGCAAUCCAACUCCUUCGUCCUACGUACCAAACGUUUUCUUAGGAUUCAGCGAGCAUAUGAACUUUUGGGAAAGGUCGCAAAAUUAUUUGAUAAGUCUAAUAACUUCGCUGAGUCAUAAAUUUCUCACGUAUCCCAAACACGAUGACUUGGUACGUAAGCAUUUUCCGAAUUGUCCAUGCGUGGAGGAAAUGAAUAGAAAUGUUGCUUUAAUUUUGUCGAAUUCGCACGAAAGUAUAUCUCCUACAUCGCCCAGAGUUCCAAAUAUUGUUGAUAUUGGUGGGUUCCACAUUAGUCCUACAUCUGAAAAACUACCUGUUGAUUUGCAAAAACUAUUGGAUGGAGCAAAAGAUGGAGUAAUAUAUUUCAGUCUGGGGUCCCAUGUAAAACCCUCACAAAUGACAUUAGAAAUGAAGCACACUCUGAUCAAAGUGCUUGGAUCGUUGAAUCAAACUGUCUUAUGGAAAUGGGAUGAUGAUAGUUUUCCAGAAGGAAAACCUAACAAUAUCAUUGUAAAAAAGUGGUUUCCUCAACAGCAAAUUUUAGCUCAUCCUAACACUAAGCUAUUUAUAACUCAAGCUGGGUUAUUAAGUUUAUCAGAAACCAUAUACAUAGGUGUUCCGAUUUUGGCAAUGCCGGUGGUUGCAGAUCAGAAAUCAAAUGCAGCUAGAGCGGAGUUAUUAGGAAUUGGAAAAUCACUAUUGUUUUCUAAUCUCAACGAAGAAUCUUUUAGUUCGGUAUUAAAUGAAAUAUUAACGAAUCCAAAAUAUUUAAAAACAGUGAAACAUCGUUCGAAAAUAUACAAAGACAGACCUAUUCAUCCCUUGGACUUAGCAGUGUACUGGAUAGAAUACGUUAUUAGACAUAAAGGAGCACCCCACUUAAGGGUCGUUGGUAAAGACCUGCCCUGGUAUCAGUAUUACUGUGUAGAUGUUGUCUCGCUUUGGAUUGGAUUAUCAUUGUUCCCGCUUUAUAUUAUUUAUAAAUUAUUUUCCACGUCAUGUUGUAGAAAUAAGAAGAAGAAAAUUAAACAGUCUUAGAAUUUUGAUG